AAAAUCUUCGGUUUUGCAAUAACAACCUCAAAGCAUUUCAUAAAAAAGAUAACCACUAGUUUGCAUUUCAUAGUAUUUGUCUAUAAUAGUGACGAUGAAAACAAUGAUAGCAACUUCGUUUGAUGUCUCCGCCGCAUGCUUCCUUACACGUCCUCAAAUUCUACGGCAGAACACGACCAUAACAAGUUUUUCGUUUAUAAAAUCUUCCAAAUUUAAUAAGGUACACAGAAGUGUUGUUGUUCAACCAAAGUUUUCGAACUUCCGCACGAUGUGUGGUUUAAAGGGGAAUUUAGAAGAAGUUGUUGGAGUUCCAACCUCGGUGCCAGUGCGUGUAGCUCACGAGCUUCUUCUAGCUGGCCAUAAGUAUUUGGAUGUAAGGACCACGGAAGAGUUUAAUGCUGGACACGCUCCUGGUGCAAUUAACAUACCUUAUAUGUACAAAGUUGGAUCAGGGAUGACAAAGAACAGCAAUUUUGUUAAAGAGGUCUCCUCACAUUUUAGAAAAGAAGAUGAAGUUAUUGUUGGUUGUCAGCUUGGGAAAAGGUCUAUGAUGGCUGCUACUGACUUGUUAGCUGCUGGGUUCACUGGACUCACAGACAUAGCUGGUGGUUAUGCUGCUUGGACUCAAAAUGGACUUCCUACAGAACAAUGAUUGGACCUAAAGCUGUAUAUAGAAAUAAUAAGAAUUCUGUUUGGAUCAUGUAAAUGCAUAAAAAGGAAGGGGGUGGAUGGAAUGAUUUUAUGUAUUUAGAUAUUAAUGAAGGUUAUUUAUCAAACUUUCUGAAGAAACACCACUCUUGGCUUGACGUUGUCAUCCCAUCUUUACAUUUCAAA